AUGACUUCUCAUGAGAAGACAGAAGAGCAUCCUUUUGCAGAUAUAUUCGAUGAAGAUGAAACUGAAAAAAAUUUUUUAUUGUCCAAACCUGUUUGCUUUGCUGUAUUUGGGAAACCAGGGGUUGGGAAGACAACAUUAGCCCGUCAGAUAACACAGGCUUGGAAAUGUAUUCGUGUUGAAGCAUUACCAAUUUUGGAAGAACAGAUUGCUGCCGAAACUGAAUCAGGAGUUAUGUUGCAGUCAAUGCUGAUCAGCGGUCAUAGCAUUCCAGAUGAAUUGGUCACAAAGCUAAUGUUGGAGAAGCUCAACUCCCCAGAAGUAUCUCACUUUGGUUAUAUUAUCACUGAAAUACCAUCACUUUCACAGGAUGCCAUGACUACUUUGCAGCAAAUACAAUUACUCAAAAACUUAAAACUGAAACCUAAUAUUAUAAUCAAUAUUAAGUGCACUGACUAUGAUUUAUGCCAAAGAGUUUCCGGGCAAAGACAGCACAGUAGCACGGGAUACAUAUACACUAGAGACCAGUGGGAUCCCGAAGUCAUUGAGAGUCGUAGGAAAAGGAAGAAAGAAGCCCAAAAAGAAGGAAAAGGAGAAGAGGAAGGAGAAGAGGAAGAAGAGCAAGAAGAAGAAGAGGCAUUUAUUGCUGAAAUAAAGAUGGUAGCUGAAAUUAUUCAACAUCUAGUUCAGAGGCCUGAAGAUUAUUUGGAAAAUGUUGAAAACACUGUUAAACUUUAUAAGGAUAUAAUUCUUCGUUGUUUGGAGGAAGUAAUGGCUGAACACAAUCCCCAGUAUCUCAUUGAGGUAGAUGGAAAUAAAUCAUCAGAGGAGCUCUUUAUGAUAGUUAUGGAUCGACUUAAAUAUCUAAACCUAAAAAGAGCAGCUGUUUUAACCAAACUUCAGAGUGCAGAGGAAGAAAUUAAUGACGUGCUGGAAAAUGAUGAGCUGUUUCGUACUCUUGCAUCUUAUAAACUUAUUGCACCAAGAUACAGAUGGCAGAGAAGCAAAUGGGGACUAACAGGUGCUUAUGUUGAUUUUCUCAAAUAUUCUUUGCAGGUAGUUGACUAUGCCAAAGUUGUUCAACCACGUUUUGAUAAAGCCCGUGAAACACUAAUAGAAAAUGCUAUUGCUCAGGCCACUGAAGCAGCUAUUAAAUCUGUGAAAGAAAAGGUUCUCACAGAACUACAAGCUAAAAGACAAGCUGAGGCAGAUUUAAGAGAACUUCAAAGACAAUAUGAAAGAAAGGAGUUUGAAGAGUUCCCAGUGGAUGAAAACAAAAGCUUAGAAGAGUUGCUCUCUUCAGUCGAUGAAGUGAAUACUGAAACCUCCCAAAGAGACACCUCUUUAGAGGACACUGAAAAAAACAAAAAGUCAGAAGAUGCCCUCGAAGUUCAAACUUCUAACAUUGAUAAAGAUGAUGAAAAAGAAACCAGUGAAGCAUCCAUAUCUAAAAAGAGUUCUCAAGACCCUAGUCAAGAUCUAAAGUAUUCAGACGGAGAAGACUCAAUAGAAGAGGUAACUGCAAGUCAUCCACAGGUUCUUUCCAUUCUUGAGGAGACUAUACACACAGAACAUAUAAACUUUGAACAGCCAUAUGAAAAACAUGCUGAAAUCUUAGAGGAAGUUCUCACAGAGGUAAUGGAGGAAAACAAGAAUAGAUUUUCUGGUGCCCCAAAAUAUGGAGGAUGGAUCGUGGAUAACUUCCCUAUUGUAAGAGAACUGUGGACAAUCUUAAAUGAGAAAGGACUUGUACCUGAUUUGAUAAUCUGCUUAUCAGAUACAGAAAACAAUGGAAAAUGUUUGCUUAAUAGAAUAUACUUAGAGAAUAAACCUGAAAUUGACUCUAAGAUUUUAGAAAGAUUAUUAGAAGAACUACAAAACAAAAAAAAAGAAGCAGCAGCAGCAGCAAGAGAAAUCAAAGAAGAAGCAUUGAGAAUAGAAGAAGAAAAUCAAAGGCUAUUGGAAGAGAUGAAUGAAAAAGCAAAAGAAGCUGACAAAGCUGAUAAUGAGGCUGAAGAGGAGAUUGAAGGUGAGGAGUCUGAAGUUCAUGAAGGGUCUGAGGUACCUGAGGUAUUCGAGGAAAACAGAGGGACAUUGUUACCUGAUGAGCCUGAAGUGUCUGAGGUCCCUGAAACAGAACUUGAAUCAGUAUCUGAACCUACUGAGGAUACUACAGUUGAAACAGAAAUUCUAAAAGGAUCCAAAGAGGGCCUGGAAACUGAAGAAUUAUCUGAAAAAGUUGUACUACCUGAGUUUCCAGAAGACUCUUAUCCUGAUGUUCCUGAAAUGGAGCCAUUUAAAGAGAGGAUUAAUUCUUUCAGCACCACCUGGAAACAGCUGGAACAAACAUUUGAUGAGUCUUUCAUUCACAUUUUAAAGUUGGAGAUUGCUGACAAAACUCCAAAGGAACUACUUCAAAAAGUAGUUGAGGCUAUGGAAAAACCAUUUCAGUAUGCUGCAUGGGAGUUAACCACGGAGGACUACGAUGAAGAAACAGAGGACUAUCAUGCAGAGGCAGAGGCUGUUGAUGAGCUAGAAGAAGGAGAAGAUGAAGAGAAUGAAGAAAGAAUUAAAGAGAAAAGGAGGCAUUUGGGAGAUACAAAGCAUUUUUGUCCAGUGGUUCUCAAAGAAAACUUCGUCCUACAACCAGGAAACACAGAAGAAGCAGCUAAAUAUCGAGAAAAGGUCUACUACUUUUCAAGUCCUGAGGCUAAAGAAAAGUUUUUGGAGCAUCCUGAAGACUAUGUGGCUCAUGAAGAACCAUUAAAGGCUCCUCCAUUAAGAAUAUGCCUUGUGGGUCCACAUGGCUCUGGCAAAACCGUGUGCGGAAGACAGUUGGCAGAAAAAUUGGACAUUUUUCACAUUCAGUUUGAAGAAUUUCUUCAGGAAAAAUUAAUGCUCAAAACUGAAAAGAGAGUCGAUUCUGAAUUUGAGGAAGAUUCUGAGGAAGAACAAGUUGCAAAACAAGAACUCGAAGAGCUUGCAAUUCAGGCCAAUGUUAAAAUUGAAGAAGAAAAUUCAAACAAGCAGCCUCCAGAAGUACAACUUACAGAAGAAGAAGAAGCAAUCAAAUCAAAUCUAACGGAAAACGAGUCAUUGCCUGCUGAAAUUCUUGAAGCAAUUCUUUCUGAGUGGUGGUUUAAGGAACCAAUACGUUCCACAGGUUUUAUACUAGAUGGUUUCCCACGAUAUCCCGAAGAGGCCCUGUUUCUGGGGGAGCGUGGGUUUUUCCCAGAUGCUGCUGUUUUUAUACAAGUUGAUGAGCAAGAUAUUUCUGGUCGCCUCCUUCCUGCCCAAAUUGAAAAGUGGAAAAUAAAACAAAAGAAGAAAUUAGAAAGGAAAAAACUCAUCAAAGAGAUGAAGGCAAAAAUCAGGGAUGAUAUGAUUGCUAAAAGAAGGGCUGAACUUAUAUUAGAGAAAGAGAAAAAAAGGAAAGGGGAUAUUGCGAUUAGAGAAGAUGAAGAAAUGAGUGACGAUGAGCCUGAAGACAAUGAAGAUGACAUUGACAACAUCCUUGAAGAAGAAUUCCCAAAAGAUGAGGAAGAGACGAGUGAAGAUGAAGAACAGGAAAUGGAUGUGGUUGAACGCCUGAGAGGUGAACUGGGAGAAAAAUUUGAAACAGAUAUGCAUAAUUUACAAACAAUACAGGAUGAAUUUGAGAAGUUCUUAAUACCAAUAAUUCUCGUUAAUGGAGCUCGGAAAGUCCACAUUGUACAAUAUAUAUUGAAUACGAAACUGAAACUACUGGUGGAAAAUCGUGAGAGCAUUUUUGAGAAAUGUUAUCCAAUUCCGGCACCCCUUGCCCAGAAAAUGCUCACCUUUACCUACAAGUAUAUAAGUGCGUUCGGCUAUUGGGACCCUGUAAAGGAUUCAUUUGUACGAAAAUGUGGAAGAGAACCCAGUGGGAUUUGCCCUACCAUUGCCAAAAAACUUGCAAGUGAAUAUGGCUUAAAGCAUUUGUCAGUAGGAGAAGCUUUGCGUUAUAUAUUAACUUACCACCCAGAAACAGAGCUGGCACUUAUGCUAAAUUGGCAUCUUCAUAAAGGAAUGACAGCACCCAAUGAACUGGCCAUUCAAGCCUUAGAGCUUGUUCUUAUGGACAGCCCAUGCAGCACUGCAGGUGUUGUCAUCGAUGGAUACCCUGUAACUAAAGAUCAAAUAAAUAUCUUGGAAGCCAGGUCAAUCAUUCCCAUGAUCAUCUUUGAGUUGCAUGUGCCUUCCAAGGAAAUUUUCAAAAGAUUGCUCCUAGACAAAAGAAAUGAACGAAGUUUGCCUUAUCCAUUGCAUAACAGUUCACAGAUUACAGCUGUCAAGAAUGCACAGUACCGCAAAAAUAUUGGUGAGAUUAGGAGCUAUUAUCAAGAACAGCAUCAGAAUUGGUAUGUGAUUGAUGGAUUUCACAGCAAAUGGUGGGUAUGGAAUGAAGUCAUUAAGAACAUUCAAAUGGUGAAUAAAUAUAUGCAGAUAUACCUGGAAAGAAUCCAAGAAGGAAAAGCCGCCUGCAUUGACAAGUUAUGUAUCACCCCUCAAGAACUGAUUUCUCGCCUGGGAGAAUUUGGACAGUUCUGCCCUGUCAGCCUGGCAGAAUCAUAUGAAUUUUUUGACUGCUCUGAAACAGAGUCCUUGGAAUUUGCAGCAGAGUUCAGGGGGCAGUAUUAUAAAAUGAGUUCUCAGGAAAAACUGAAUAAAUUCUUGGACAACCCAGAAUUGUAUGUGCCUCCCCUAGCACCUUUUUCACUCCCAUCUGCUGACAUGAUGCCCCAAAAGCUGACACUGUCAGAGCUAAAGAGUCGAUUUCCUAAGUGUGCUGAGCUCCAGGGCUACUGUCCAGUGACAUACCAGGAUGGAAAACAAAGAUAUGAAGCCCUAGUGCCUGGUAACAUUAAAUAUGCUUUAGAGUUUCGUAAUCGUAUAUAUAUUUGUGAGAGUAAAGAAAAACUCCAGAAAUUUUUGAGGUCACCACUGAAAUACUGGGAUCAGAGGCUUCCACACAAACUUCCCCCAUUAAAGGAACCGAUAUGUCUCACUAGUCUUCCUUUGCCUGGAUAUCUGGAACAGGGUAUUGCAACUUCUCUAAUUAAAGCAAUGAAUGCAGCAGGAUGCUUAAAGCCCAAAUUUCCCUUCUUAAGUAUAAGGAGAUCUGCACUACUAUAUAUAGCAUUUCAUCUAAAAGCAUUUAAUCCCAAAGGUUCUGAAUAUACAAGAAAAAAGUAUAAGAAGAAGAUGGAGCAGUUUAUAGAGAGAUGUGAACUCAUAACAUAUCUGGGUGCCAAGAUGACCAGAAAAUACAAGGAACCUCAGUUUAGAGCCAUUGACUUUGAUCAUAAAUUACAGACCUUUCUCUCUCUCAGGAAUAUAGACCCCAUUAAUGGAUAAUUUGCUUAAGUAACUGCAACCUAAGUCUCAAGAGUUAUCUCAAAGUGUUAGAGGGAAAUCAAGAGAAGUAGAUUGAAAAUCUGGUCCUCUCUGAAAUACUUUUCCGUCCUGCGUGAUGGACCACAGCUGCAAGACUUCCAGUGGACUCAAAGGUCUGCCAGCCAGAAGGAGUGCUCUUCUGCAAGCAUAAGUUUUAAUAUAAUUUUCAAGUUUAUUGCUCUUUGCCUGAACUUUGAUGCUUUAAUGAAAUAGACAUUCCGUUUAGAAUUUCAUUUAGUAUAUUUAGGUAACUUAUUUCAUUUAAUAAAUUUAUUGUUUAUUUUCCUUAACAUUUUCUGUAGAAAAAUCAGUCUCUGUUAAAGAAAAUCACUCAUUAAAUGUUAGAAAGCUUCAAGAAAAAAAGUUAACAUUGAUAUAAGUAAAACAGGAAUAUUGGUUAUAUUUUUACAUAAGGAAUUGUUUGUAAACUUUGUGAAUAUAAGACCCUAUCAUUUUCCUAACAAAAUGAAUGGAUUGUGUGAUAA